GCGGCGGCGGCGGCGGCGGCUGCGGCUGCGGCGGGGACGCGGGGAUGGCGGGCGCCGGGAGCGAAGCCCGGUUUGCCGGGCUGUCGCUGAUGCAGCUGAACGAGCUGCUGGAGGACGAGGGGCAGCUGACGGAGAUGGUGCAGAAGAUGGAGGAGACGCAGAACGUUCAGCUUAACAAGGAAAUGACACUCGCCAGCAACCGGAGCCUGGCAGAAGGAAACCUUCUGUACCAGCCCCAACUGGAUGCCCUGAAAGCACGUUUGACCCAAAAAUACCAGGAACUCCAGGUUCUCUUUGAAGCCUAUCAGAUAAAGAAGACCAAGUUAGAUAAGCAGUCUAGCAGCGCUUCCUUGGAGACCCUGCUGGCACUUCUUCAGGCAGAAGGGGCCAAGAUUGAGGAAGACACUGAGAACAUGGCUGAGAAGUUUCUCGAUGGAGAGCUUCCUCUGGAUUCCUUCAUCGAUGUCUAUCAAAGCCAGCGGAAACUGGCCCACACACGAAGAGUGAAAAUCGAGAAGCUCCAGGAGCUGGUGCUGAAGGGGCAGAGACUCCCGCAGGCCUCGGCGCCAGCCCCGCUGCUGCCCAGGGUGCCCGAGCCAGCCCCUGCAGCCCCCCUGCCCUACCCUACCUCAGAGGCCAGUGGGCCCCCCUCCGUGCUACCUCGGCGCAUCCCCCCGCCACCGCCCCCGGUGCCUGCAGGACGUUUGGCCACGCCAUUUACCACCGCCAUGGCCUCAGGACCCACCCUUCCCUACCCAGGAUCACAGUGCCCUCCUCUGCCCCCCCGCACGGGCCUGCCCCCCCAGCAAGGAUUCUCUGCACAGUUCAUGUCUCCAUACCCACCUGCUCUUCCCCAGAGACCCCCGCCCCGGCUGCCUCCACACCAGCCAGGCUUCAUCCUCCAGUGAGCCGCCUCCAUCCUCCUGGGAGGCUGUGCUGCACCUGCUGGCCAGGGCUCUGCACGCACAGGCUGCGAGGACCAGGGCGCCGGUGCCUUGGGGCAGCACAUCCAUUUGAUUUUAGAACUGUAGGUCAGCGGUAAGUAGACCUAGAACCCAGGUUUGGCCCCAGGGGCUUGUGUGUGCGAGGCUUCAGCCUGGCAUCUCCACGGUCGCACUGGUGUAUGUGUUCAGUAUGAUCCCUAAGUCUUGUAGUGUUGAUGGACUCCUAAGUUUGGGGGAAGAGUGUGUCCUUCCCCCCCACCCCCAGUCUCAUUUAGAAGUGUGGUCCUUCCUUUGCAGCUUUGUUUAACGAGCAUGCUCCAUCGUUUCCACUUUGUUAGCAAAAGACAGUGCUGUGUGGCCUAGCCCACCACUAUCUCUGGUCAAGGUUGGUCAGGGGACCAGCCUGGAAGGUGCUUCCUGAAUCUGUGGACAGGGGGUGCCCAUCACCCCUCCCCCCACAUCUGGAUGCUUCGAAGCCCCUGUGGAGUUUGCACUGGGCCCACCGCCAGGUCCAGAGGCUGGGCAAGUUGCAGCCAGGGGGGCAGAGAUGGGUCUGAGCUGGACUUUGCACAGCAGAGGGUGUCCCAGCUCCUUCCCCCACUCUCUCUUGCCUGGACCAGCCCCCGAGCCUUUCUACAAAGAACUACUCCAAUAUUUUUACUACGUCUGUAAUGUUCCUAUUUUAUAUUGGCAAAGAACUUUUUGGACACAGGAUCAUUCAGGGAAACUUUAUAAAAAUGCACAUAGUAUUUGGAGCAGAUUGAAGUACAGAAGUGAAUGCAAUUUCCUUUUUUACAAGCAGUGUGUGGUCACACCUGUGGGGGCCUGUGCUGUGCCUUAGUUUCCCCUGGUGCCAGUGAGGGUGCAGCCCCGGCUCUCCUGCAGGCCCCCAGGCUGGGAGGGGUAGCUCUCGUGAGCAGCUUUACGUUCCCAGGGCGGGGCUUGUCUGUGUUCAUGAAGUUGCCAAGCGGAAGCAGCCUGGCGUCCCCGCGUCUUCGUAGCCAAUUCUCUCUUCCCCUGACGGGGCCUCGGGGCAGAAGUGGGACAGCAGGACUCCAGCAGCAUCUCAGCUUGGAGGCGGCCAGCAGCAGGAUCAGCAGAGGGUGCCAACACCGCUCUUCCUGGCCCUCUGGGGUCUCACCUGCCCAGGUGCCAGAAUUCAGGCAGAGCUCCACCAGGGUCGGCCCCAGCAGGCCGGGAGCGAGGCCGCCUCCCGGCCCGGGCUCCUUUGCAGGGGGCCAGCUGCUGCUCUGCCCAGCAGGUGCGCCCGCUCCUCCCUGAUCCCUCUGCUGCCUGCCCUCCUGGUGGGUGCUGCCCCGGGGCGCAGCCAGACCAUGUGGGGAAGGGGCUGCCGGGCUGGCUGCGUGGCUCUGCAGGGCCAGGCCUGAGCCGGGGUUGUAAAGCUGUAGGACCCUUUUUAAUAAAUAGAGAAACAACAA